AUGGUAAAGACAUCACCAGUCCCUGGGGACAAACUGGUAAAGACAUCACCAGCCCCAGGGGACAAACUGGUAAAGAUAUCACCAGUCCCAGGGGACAAACUGCCCCAAGGGGACAAACUGGUAAAGCCAUCACCAGUCCCAGGGGACAAACUAGUAAAGCCAUCACCAGUCCCAGGGGACAAACUAGUAAAGCCAUCACCAGUCCCAGGGGACAAACUAGUAAAGACAUCACCAGCCCCAGGGGACAAACUGAUAACGACUUCACCAGCCCCAGGGGACAAACUGGUAAAGACAUCAGCAGCCCCAGGGGACAAACUGGUAAAGCCAUCACCAGUCCCAGGGGACAAACUGGUAAAGCCAUCACCAGUCCCAGGGGACAAACUAGUAAAGCCAUCACCAGUCCCAGGGGACAAACUGGUAAAGCCAUCACCAGUCCCUGGGGACAAACUAGUAAAGCCAUCACCAGUCCCAGGGGACAAACUAGUAAAGACAUCACCAGCCCCAGGGGACAAACUGAUAACGACAUCACCAGCCCCAGGGGACAAACUGGUAAAGACAUCACCAGCCCCAGGGGACAAACUGAUAACGACAUCACCAGCCCCAGGGGACAAACUGAUAAAGACAUCACCAGCCCCAGGGGACAAACUGAUAACAACAUCACCAGCCCCAGGGGACAAACUGAUAAAGACAUCACCAGCCCCAGGGGACAAACUGGUAAAGACAUCACCAACACAAGGGGACAAACUGGUAAAGACAUCACCAGUCCCAGGGGACACACUGGUAAAGACUUCAGCCCCAGGGGACAAACUGGUAAAGACAUCACCAGCCCCAGGGGACAAACUGGUAAAGACAUCACCAGCCCCAGGGAACAAAUUGGUAAAUACAUCAUCAGCCCCAGGGGACAAACUGGUAAAGACAUCACCAACACAAGGGGACAAACUGGUAAAGACAUCACCAGUCCCAGGGGACACACUGGUAAAGACUUCAGCCCCAGGGGACAAACUGGUAAAGACAUCACCAACACAAGGGGACAAACUGGUAAAGACAUCACCAGUCCCAGGGGACACACUGGUAAAGACUUCAGCCCCAGGGGACAAACUGGUAAAGACAUCACCAGCCCCAGGGGACAAACUGGUAAAGACAUCACCAGCCCCAGGGGACAAACUGGUAAAGACAUCACCAGCCCCAGGGAACAAACUGGUAAAUACAUCACCAGCCCCAGGGGACAAACUGGUAAAGACAUCACCAGCCCCAGGGGACAAACUAGUAAAGACAUCACCAGCCCCAGGGGACAAACUGGUAAAUACAUCACUAUCCCCAGGGGACAAACUAGUAAAGACAUCACCAGUCCCAGGGGACAAACUAGUAAAGACAUCACCAGUCCCAGGGGACCAACUGGUAAAGACAUCACCAGCCCAAGGGGACAAACUGGUAAAGACAUCACCAGUCCCAGGGGACAAACAGGUAAAGACAUCACCAGUCCCAGGGGACAAACUAGUAAAGACAUCACCAGUCCCAGGGGACAAACUGAUAAAGACAUCACCAGUCCCAGGGGUCAAACUGGUAAAGACAUCACCAGUCCCAGGGGUCAAACUGGUAAAGAAAUCACCAGUCCCAGGGGACAAACUAGUAAAGACAUCACCAGUCCCAGGGCACAAACUAGUAAAGACAUCGCCAGUCCAUGGGGACAAACUGGUAAAGACAUCACCAGUCCCUGGGGACAAACUGGUAAAGACAUCACCAGUCCCAGGGGACCAACUGGUAAAGAAAUCACCAGUCCCAGGGGACAAACUAGUAAAGACAUCACCAGUCCCAGGGCACAAACUAGUAAAGACAUCGCCAGUCCAUGGGGACAAACUGGUAAAGACAUCACCAGUUCCAGGGGACAAACUGGAAAAGAUAACUUUUGCCUCAGGAGAAAAAUUGGUAAAGAGAUCAACAACCUCUGGGGACAAACUGGUUAAGACUUCAGUCCCAGGGGACAAACUGAUAAAGGUCAUAUGUUUGAGAUAA